GAGCUGGUUUGUAGCUAUAAUUGGAAAGCUAGCCAGGAUCUGAAGAUUCACAUACCCGUAGGCUUUGCGGCGGUCUUGCAGGAGGUUUCCUUACCAAUUACGGUGCCUGAAGACCAGGCUACGCGCUCGAUGAAUGACAGCACGGCGCGUAUUCCUGAAUGCUCCUUUGAGCCGCUGUUUCGCGCCACAGCAUCGAUGAACCCGUCAUUCCGCUUUGACGAAGUCGACAUCUUGGUGAAUCGAAAUAGUCUCAGAAAGCUUCUCGACUUCUGCCGAGGGCGGCGACAAGACAGCUUUCGAAUCAAUCUGUUCCUGGUUCACCGCACCCUGAUUAUCGAGCGUUGCGAGAAGACCGUCAGCAAGCUGAUCGGCGGUUCACAGAAUUCUGGGUGGGGCAGGAAUUUCGAGCGCACCCUCACUCGAUACCCGCCUGGGCUAGAAGACAGCACGGCGCAUCACCGGGCUCUUCGAUACCAGCUGGGAGAUCUCACGUGUGUCGUGCGUCUUGAGGUAGAUGCAUGCUACCAGCGGAAGGUCGAGGAGGGCGGUACUUCACAAUCGUUGGCACGCGCAAUGAGUCGAUUGCAGACCGAUGUUAGCCAAGGAAGAAAUGCUUCUGCCAGCCAACAGCCAACACAACGAGCGCCGAUGGCUCAAGCGAAUGCCGCAGAAAUCAAGACAGCAGCCAGGCGCAAGAGCUCGGGGGCAUACAUGCCGCAGCUUUGGUUCGGCAGAACGCCCUGGCUUAUCCUCGGACAGCACACAAAUGGAACCUUUGAAAAGCUGAGAAUCACCGACACGGCAGCUCAGUUUGAGGGUUGGGAGGAAACGCACCAACUCGACCUUUGCAAGUUGGCUGCGGUCUUGGCACAACUACGCGAGGCCGUCCGAGAGAGCGGAGGCAAGUUUUGCAUUGCGAUCCAUGAGAAAGCCACAGAGACGUCAAAUAUUAAAGUGUACCCUUCAUGUGUUGCGAAAGAGGCUGUUCCGGAAAAAUUGAAGGGCGAGCUCUGGAGUUGA